UUCUGUUGUUACAGCUUGUUGAGAGUGGAUGCCGCAUAAAACUGAGCUCCAGCGCCGCGGUUGGCCAGUUUUUGUCCGAACCAGCUGCAACAAACAGGUGUCCUUUUCCGGUAAACAGCCCUUUUCUCCUGCCUAAGCACGAAGCAUAUAUUUUACGAGAUAACGAAUUUUUUUUCUCUUCAAAACGGUGUUAAGCUAGAAGUAUAAAGAAGUGAAAAUGAAAAGUGUCUUAUUAGCAUAUUAUUUAGUUACGUUCGUGUUUCUAAAUGCAAAAUCUGACGAGUGGAACUACCCUACACCAGGCUCCAAUGGGGUUAUGAGUGAGCCAGAAAGCUGGGGUGGCCAAUGUGACAAUGGUCGGCGUCAGUCUCCUAUCGAUCUAGCGCAAGCAGCUGCGGUGCGUGGUGAAUUUGCACCCUUCUUUUUCAGCAACUAUAAGCUACCAAUAAGACAGGCCCAGUUGGCGAACACCGGCCAUUCGCUUCAGAUAUCGAACCAAGACCCGGCGGUGACGAUACAGGGCGGUGGAUUGGGUGGACGUUUCGUGCUCGAUCAGAUGCAUUUCCAUUGGGGUUCGGAGCACACCAUCGACAGUACGCGGUACGGACUGGAGCUACAUCUAGUGCAUCAUGACACGCGCUACACGUCGCUCGAUGAGGCAGCAGCAGCACGAAACGGUGUAGCCGUGCUCGGUGUACUGUUUCACGUGAGCGCGCAGCCCAAUAUGCAUAUCGAUGUGAUACUGAACACUGCAGCCGACAUUCGAAAUCAAGCGGGAGCGGAAACAUCAUUAAAAGGGAAACUCGCGCCACAUUUUCUGAUGCCAGCAAACCGAUCAGCAUUUUACCGAUACGAAGGCUCACUGACGACACCGGCUUGUGCUGAAUCGGUCAUUUGGACGGUGUUUACCGACAGUGUUGGUGUGUCGCUGGAGCAAAUAGAACAAUUCAAGGCAAUCCAUGAUCAAAACGGUAAAGAGCUGCUGAACAAUUUUCGUUCGGUGCAACCGCUCAAUGCACGAGCCUUGGUAUACGCGACGGAAUGGGAUCGACAGGGAAACAACUUCGCUACCGUACCUCGCUUACAUGCGCUGCUAAUCGUACUGAUGGGAUUGCUAAUAGCCACAAGCAGAGUAAAGUAUUGAUUAAAGACAUUGGAAAAGGUAAAAGUGUUCAAACGUAAUAAGUGAGCAAACGAUUUAUCUCUACAAAAUUGGAUAGCAAACAGCUUUUUAGUUGCAAUAGCACAGCAGCAGACGGAUGGAUGUUACGUUACAAACUCUUAUUAUAGAUUAGAUUAGAGCCCUCAAUAUAUGUAAAUCCUAGUGAAUAGUAAAAUGUGGUAAACGAUAUUGCCUCUUAAGUGCUAGUAGCUUAAAAUCUUGUACACAAAUCGUGUGUUGAACAGUGUGCGAAAUCUAUUAAAUGCUCAAUUUUACUCCUACACUUAUAUAUAAUUUCAUAAAAAAAGCAAAGCUUCGUUAGCCAUAAAUAUUAUACACUAGCUCUGCUACAUUCUUUGUAGUUGAUUGCAUUUGUUUAUCGCUGUUGUUUGAACAUGGUUUAAAGGCUGAAUAAAACAGUUUGAAUAAUGUU